AUGGUGGAUACUGAGGUGCUGCAACGGCAUCUUAUCAUUCCGUUCUCGCUCAAUGUCUCAGCCAAGCUGCCUGAUGACAUGCCCAAUUCUUGGGUUGAGCGGCCUCCCAGGGGAGGUCGAGGACGUGGUCGGGCCACCGGACGGGGCACAGGUGGCAAAGGGCUUCGCAAUCAAGCUCUCAAGAACAACAACGCGGAUCCUUCGGAGCCUAAGGGGAAGCUCACUAAGGAUGCCAAUGGUGAGCCCAUUUGUUGGCGUUACAACCGGAAAGGAGGUUGCUCCAAUCAGCAGUGCCGCUUCAAACAUGUUUGUCAGCGCUGUCUUUCGAGCACCCAUGCCUACUACAAUUGCCCCCUGGUCAAACGUUCCGCUGGUGCAGGCGGCGCCACCAUGUGCAUGCUCUACGUUCAUGCUGGCUUGCCCCAUAGGGGCGAUCUGGCUCACUGGAUCGCGAAAGACUCGCGCAACAGGCCUUUUGUGGUUGAUGAGUUUGACCUUUCCCUUGAUGAUUCUCUCGGCGAAGAACGCUGGGAAGAGCUUUUGCAUGACUUGCAGGAGGGCCAUUACAAUCUUCUUUUCUUGAGCCCUCCCUCCUCUACUUUCGGCAGGUCCUCGCUUUCUUCGUCUUCGGGGUCGGCGCCUCUUCGAGAUGAUCGUUGGCCGACCGGGUUCCCAUGGUUGCGAGGGCCACUUAAGACUAAGGCAGAUCGGGGCACUCUGCAAGUCCAACGUGCUUUAGAGCUGUCCCGGUUGGCAUCUCAGCUGAACAUCUUCUGGCUUUGGGAACACCCUGAGCAUCUGGGAGCUGCGGCUCGAGGCACACCGGCCUCUGUCUGGACCUGGCCAGAGACUCGCAAGUUCUUCGAUGAAGCUCAGGCAUUCACAGUGGCUUUGCAACAAUGCUCCUUUGGUGCUCCGAUUCGUCGCCCGACGCGCUUGGUCGGCAAUUGGCCCAACAUGGGCACCCUUGGCCACUCAGGCUGGCCCCGAUUCGAUCGGGAUGGAAACUACCGAGGACCUCUGCCGAGGCAUUGUGGGCAUUCACACUCCGGGGCCCUCGGGUCCUUGGCUUACCCGCCUGCGCUUUGUCGGGCUUUGGCUCGGUUGGCCUGGGAUGCAAUUUGCCCUCUCACGGCCUCGACUGAGGGGCACUCUUUGAGGCGGGCCGUGAAGGACACUUCGGAGAAU